UAACGAGACACGAUUUAGAGUCACGGUUUAACAAAAUGCAAACUGCUUCAGAAAAGCGGCAACGGACAGUUCCUCGCCGGCGUCUUUGAAAGUGUUACCGUGACGACGAAAGUCUUCGCAAUGGGACCCUGUGUUUAGUAUUUCCAGGUGGCGCGUGCGCGCGAACAAAGAAAGGACGUCCGGCCCUUCAAAGCUGCCGACAGUUAAGAUGAAGUUCACACAGCUGCUGCUCAAAAGCAGCGCAGCGGCUGGAAUUCCCAAACAGGUGGAGAGGUUUGCCAGGUUUUCCCCUUCGCCCCUGUCCAUGAAGCAAUUUAUUGAUUUUGGUUCCGCCAAUGCUUGCGAGAAGACCUCUUUUGUGUUCCUGAGGCAGGAGCUUCCUGUCCGUCUGGCCAACAUCAUGAAAGAAAUAGAUUUCCUACCUGACAAGCUCCUCAGCACACCAUCCUUAAAACUCCUCAUGAGCUGGUAUUCACUAAGUUUGCUGGAGAUUGUAGAGUUUUUAGAGAAAGAUCCAGAUGACAUGGAUGUCUUGAAAAACUUCACACAGACUCUGGUGAACAUGCGUAACCGACACAACAACGUGGUGCCCACCAUGGCUCAGGGUGUGGUGGAAUACAAGGAGGCCUUUGGAGUGGAUCCUGUCACAAACCAGAAUGUUCAGUAUUUCCUGGACCGGUUCUACAUGAGUCGCAUCUCCACACGCAUGCUCAUGAACCAGCACACAUUAAUCUUUGAUGGCAGCGUGAACCCGGCCCAUCCCAAACAUAUUGGCAGCAUUGACCCCACCUGCGACGUCGUGGAGGUUGUAAAAGAUGCCUGUGAGACGUCUAAGAUGCUGUGUGAGCAGUAUUAUCUGACCUCUCCAGAGAUGACCGUCACAGAAGUCAACUCCAAAAACCCUGGCCAGCCUCUCCACAUUGUCUAUGUGCCGUCACACCUCUCCCACAUGCUGUUUGAGCUCUUUAAGAACGCCAUGAGAGCUACAGUCGAGGCACACGAAUUGAGUCCAGCUUUGCCCGAGAUCAAAGUGCGAGUGUCACUGGGCAUGGAGGACCUCACUAUUAAGAUGUCUGACAGAGGAGGCGGAGUCCCGCUGCGGCUGAUCGAGCGUCUCUUCAGCUACAUGUAUUCCACAGCUCCCAGUCCUGUCCACAUCGACAACUCACGAAACGCACCACUGGCUGGGUUUGGCUAUGGCCUGCCCAUCUCCCGUCUGUACGCCAGGUACUUCCAGGGAGACCUGCAGCUCUACUCUAUGGAGGGUUACGGCACUUCAGCAGUUAUAUACUUGAAGGCCCUGUCCUCGGAGUCGGUGGAGAGACUUCCCGUAUUCAACAAGUCAGCACUGAGGCAUUACCGGGCGAGCACAGAGGCUGACGACUGGUGCCUGCCGAGCAAGGAACCGAAAAAACUGGGAAAGCAGGAGCAAAGUCACACAUGAUGAACCAAAAGGAGGCGCGAAGACACAAACACAAAGAUGUGCAGCGAGAAGGUGGGUGGUGUCAGUGGACUCACAAAAUGUUUGCAGGAUGUUCUCGGACCUAGACGAGGUUGAAACCUGCUCAACACGCCGCUGCGUUUGACAAGUCAUGUCCCUUCAUCAUUACGACGGUUGGUGUAAAGAGUCUCUCAGUAAUCCUCAGUUUGCCUCACGUUUAAACGGAUGACACUGUGAAACAAAGAAGCUGGCUGUUUUUGUGUUUAACAAUUAACCUUUUGACAUCCUGACGAUCCGGACUUUGAUAAAUAUAAUUGCAGAGUAAAGUUACAUUAUUAGCCUUUAAAUGUAUUCUUAUCAACGGUAAAUCAGGUUUCAGUCUAAAUGUGUGACAGCAUGAACAAAGCAAAGUCCACUCUGCCACAUUUUGCUUAUUGGGGCAUUUUUGUUACGUUUUUAUGCUGUUAUGAUGCAACAUCACUUCCACAGAUAACAGCACUGCUGAAUUUCACUGCCAGGAUUCUGUGUUUUUGAACUUCUUUCCUUCCUUGUGCCUUCACCUUGAAAUUUUAAAAUCUUGUCAAAUCCUGAAGACUGACACGGUAUUUGUUGCACUCGUUAAUAUUACGUUCAGCUGAAGUUCCUCAGUUCAACACAAAAGUUGGAUGUCUAAAUGUGAGUUGUCAGUUUUGAUUUUUUAAAUUCUAUUUGGAAAAAUGAGAUCAGCUGCUCUGGAGUUGUAGAAUCAUAGUAUUGUAGUAUAUUUGAAGUAAAUGUAAUACUUCUGAUACAGUUU